CUUUCCUUCCUGAGCUGGCUUCAAACUGAUUCUCAGAUCUCAACCUCUUGAGUAGCUAGGAUCACAGGAAUGAGCCACUGGCGCCCAGCAUGGGAAAAGGAAUGUUUAUGCUGGCUGAGAGUCUGUAGGCAAGGACCAACCUCUUUCCUUUGACGGUCUUUUCUGCCUUUAAGGGACUGUCUAGGUCUGCCUUGCAAUUGGUUCUUACAAAGACUGGAGUUAAAGUGAUGAUGAUUCCCUAUUUUAGGUCAAGACAGGUGUCUUCUGAGGAUUUGGAAGCGCGUUCCCAAGGGCCCAAGGUCAGGGAGGCGCCCAAUUCCCGGAUAGCAUCCACCACUGUCAGCCAGACUUCUUUCAUCCACCAGAGGAUUCAGCAUUUCACUGAGCUCCACUUGGCUAAGGUGGAGAAAGUGUUUGAGGAGGACGUUGGCUCGAAUGGAGCCCUGGACUUGCAAGCCUUCAUUAAGUCCAUGAAGAGGGUGCUGAGCAAUGUGUCAGAUGAGACGCUGGAGGCGCUAUUCUUGAAAGUAGACUCAGACUGUAAUGGCUGUGUCACUUGGCAAAAGUAUGUAGAUUUCAUGAUGCGGGAGUUACGGGUAAAGGAAGAUAUGAGGAAGAGCCAGUACCGCCUGCGCUUCCACUUUCCCAUGAGGAUCGUCCACCUGAAUCAUGGAUGUGAGAUCGUGAAAGUGGAGUAUUUAAUCCAACGCUCCAAGAAAAUGGGGGUUUUCCUGACUAUCACCAAAGAUGGAAUCUUACAGUUCUGGACGGAGACUUUCUCCCUUAUUACCUCCUUUAGGCUGAAGGAUCUCCAGAAGCUCCAUAAACAGCAGAUGUGGGUCAUUGACAUGGUGUGCCUGCACAACCUGAACCUCAUUGCAGUUGCAUCCACCGAUCUGAAGAUAGAGUUCUUUGAUGUCAGUAACUAUUUCUGUGUCCGGGCCUUUACCUUUAUUGACCUGGAUAGCUGUGUUCUGGUCAUGGAUUACUGGUCUGACUAUCAAAGAGGUGUGUUCUGCUACGGGGACACCAAGGGCAACGUCGUCAUCUUCACCUCUGAUGACGUGAACUAUGGAUUGUUCAACCCCAGCCUCCUCCCCAAGACCACCAAAUUUGAAGUCUUGACCAACGUUUCCCUGAGGAAACUCUUAAAAGAGAAGUCCACUUUAUAUAAAAGCUACCGGCUGAGGGCUGUCCAUACCAACUGGUGUGAGCAGGUCAAGUUCAUUCCCCGGCUAAACCUGGUGGCCUCCUGUUCUGCCAUCGAGAAGUCCUCUCUGGUGAUGAUAAUACUGCCACCCACUGACUCCGAGAGGCCCAAGUUAUCAGUGCUGAAUCUAAGAAAAGGAAUCCUUUGCUUUGAUUACUGCCCAGACAAGAACUUCCUAGUGACUGGUGGCUAUGACCCCCAUAUCCGCCUGUGGAACCCCUUGGUCUCCAAAAAGCCUGUGUGGCUGAUGAAGGGACAUCAGACAUCAGUGACUCACAUCAUCAUGAAGAGUGAGAAUAGCAUCUUCGUCAGCAUCUCCAGGGACAAGAACAUUCGUGUAUGGGACCUGCAGGACUAUGACUGCCUCCAGUCCUUUGGUGGGAAGAUGUUUGCCCUGGGAAACUGUGCCAUCACCAGUGCCUACUUACACAGAGACAACACCCUUGUCUGCAGCACCUACUCUAUUGGGAUCCUUAAAGGGUACUUGGAGUCCCAGGAGCCAGUGAAAGGACUAGCCAUGACAACGCACAGCUCGGCCUUGUGUGCCGUCCUCUACAGCAAGAUCUUGAAGCAGGUGGUGAGCGGCUGCCUGCACGGUGAGGUGAGUGUGUGGGAUGUCAAGACGGGCAGGAGGAAGAUGGAGUUCUCAGUGGCCAACACUCAGCCUGUGGAGCUGACGGCCAUGGCCCUGGACGAGUCAGGGCGAUGUCUGCUCACGGGUUUACGAGAUGGCACCAUGAGGAUGUGGAACUACAACACUGGCGAGUGCCUGCUGACCUUUCCCAACCCGGACGAAAUGGAGAUUACUGGAAUUGUCCAUAUGAGCGGAGGGUUCUACAUGUCGGGGUGGAAUAAGAGAGUCACCAGUUUCUUGUUCCACAAGACCAAGCCGGUGCUCAUGUGCUACCACUGGCAGACCUUCCACACGGAGGACAUCCUGAGCAUGGCCAAGUACCAGAACCAGUUCCUUGGGACCUCCUCCUACAACGGGGACAUCCUUUUCUGGAACAUCAACAUGGGGAAGCCCAUCUUGAAUUUCAAUGCCUCCAAGAGCCCUUGGCCCUUGCCGCCCAAGAGGGUGCAGGAACCUCUGAUUGAGGCCUCUGAGCCUAAUGCAGACUUGAAGGAGCAGAAGUGGGCAUACAGGCCCUUCAUGCAGUCUUCUGCUGCUAACUUCAAGACGACGUCCAAUGCCAUCUUGAGGCAGAGCCUGACGUCGGCCCCCCCUGUGAUGAGGCAUGUGAGAGAUGAGGCGUACAGGUCUACAUUCCAGGUACCCAUGAGUGCCAGCAGAGCCCAGCUAUUAAAGAAGUCCUAUGGGCGAUACGUACCUUAUACAGAGACUGAAAGGAAAAAAGGGGAAUUCAAGACAAAGUUGAUGGUGCAGUCCAAUUUAUCAGUGGAGAAGAUAAUCUUCCUGCAAUCCCGGCCUCGCCUGCCCCACACAGCAGCCCUGCUGAGCAGCUGCAUCAAUGGCUACAUCUACGCCUGGUCCAUUCAUGGGAGCGGAGGUCUGCUGGGGAAGUUCCCUGUGGACUCAGAUGUCAGUGGGAGCGUUGUCGUGGGCGCCAUGGCCUCAGACGAGAACAACUGCAUCCUCAUCACAGGGGACUGUAGGGGAAACAUCCGGAUCUGGGACAUCAAAGAUUACUGCAUAUUUGUUGGGCACUACUCAACUCCACGCAGUGUCAAGUACUCCAGUGAAAUACAGAACAAGUUCCGGGUCUUAAUUCCUAAACCCCAGAUCAGCACACCGUACUACGUUCCUCUCAAGGAAAAGGAGGUCAUCGAAGGCCAGAGCAUUUCCCUGGUUCCCCCUCAGCUCCUGAUUACAUGGAAUGGCCAUUUGGACAGCGUGGCAGAUAUCGUGUAUGUAGACAGCUUCCAGCUGGUGGUCAGUGCCGGCCAGGACCUCAACCUCAAGGCUUGGAAACUCUCUGGUGUGGCCAUUGGGACAUUUGGCCUGAGUGUUUGGAAGAGACUACAGGAUGCCACGAUAGACAGUGGUUAUGAACAAGCUGCAGACUUAGAGGAAGAAGAAGGCUUCAUCGACAAUGUUUCCAAGGCCUCCCACCUGGAGCUUCAAAAGGAGCUGGCUGAGGCCCUGGCGUACCAACGGCGGGAGCAGGCGGUUCUGAUGGACCUUCUGAAUGAGAAGCCUGACAAGGAGGCCGAGGCGUGGGCCAGGCUGCAGAAGAUGGCUGGGACAUCACCGUGGGCUGGAGAGCACUCCCUCCAAGACAUUGAGGAGACCUGGAACAAGUGGGAGGGUCAGGGCAAGCAGCUGAGUGAAGUCUUGGGAGCAUCCUACAAGCCCAAGGACCACUCUCGGGCCACCAGACUCCUGACUACCAGCGUGAAUUACAGCUGCAUGAAGCACCAGAUCUCACCUCCGGUCUACCACAGCCUGUACUUCAAUGAGCUGGAGCCCACCCAGCCUACCUUCCUGGCGUUCAAGAUCCCAGCCCAGCGCACUGUCCACUGGGAGGACCAGAGUUCCCGGAGGCAGUCACGUCUGGUCCCCACUCCUCUGUGCCCCCUGCAGCCCCAGCCUCAAGGUUGCUCUACUCCACCAUGUCUGCCUCCCUGAAGUCUCCGGCCUCUGUCUCCUCACUGUGGCCCGU